AUGAAAGAGUUUCAGCGUGCGAUGAAUGUAAACCUAAAAGGAGUAAUGCACGGAAUUAAGCAUGCAGGCCGGGUUAUGAUCCCAAACCAAAAGGGCUGCAUAAUUUCUACAUCGAGCAUUGCAGGGAUAUUUGGUGGAACGGCUUCAUAUUCAUACACAGCUUCUAAGCAUGCAGUCAUAGGCCUUACCAAACAAGGUGCGGCCGAGAUGGGAAAGUAUGGUAUCAGAGUGAAUUGUGUUUCUCCAUCUGGUUUAGCCACUGUUCUUGCAUUCCAAUACUUUGGAAUGAAUACCACCAAUGUAGAAGAGAAGAAGGUCGAGUGUGAGGAAUUUUGUAACAAGAUAUCCAAAUUGAAGAAUCAUACUCUCAAAGCACAUGAUAUUGCAGAGGCUGCUUUGUAUUUGGCCAGCGAGGAAGCUAAGUUUGUAAGUGGCCAUAAUCUUGUGGUAGAUGGAGGGUUCACAGUUGUAAACCAUGACCGGGGUCUCUACUAA